AUGUGUGGACUAGUUUCAGCAGAGUUACCACAUCUUACUGCUGACAAUUUUGUACAAACUCUGGCCACUGAUGAUGUAUUAGCUCACUUCUUCAAUGAUUUCUUAAGUCUGCCGUCUUUUCCUGAGGCUGUGCUGUACAACCAGGAGACGCGUCUGUUUGAGCUGGUGAGCGACGCUGCUGAGUUUAUCUCCAGAAGAAUCAUAACCGUUCUAAACCACAGCAAAUCCCAGCUUCUGACUGGUGACCCCUCAGUGCUGACCAGAACAACUCCUCUGGACAACCACUUCACUGUCUCUUGUCUGGACAGAAAACAAGGAAUCCAGUGGAUCAUGGAGGAAAGAUUGCCACUUUUCCUUCAGAGUGAUUGCUACAUUGAAUACAGACUGGCCAAGUUGUUGUGUCAGUGGGACCCAAACAUCUGUAUCCAGUCAAGGAGGAGCAGCUCAGGUCGAAUCCUUCUGUCAGCCCCACCAAGGUGCUCUGCCUCCCGAUUUGACAAAGAAAAUAACAAUGCACCAAAGCCUCUUAUAUGCUCACGUUCUCUAACGAACAUUUCAUCCAUACAAGGGUCAAUGACAAAGUACAACUUGACGUAUCUACCUUCUGACCAGAAGGAACACAUCAAUACAAAAUGCAAGGAAUCAUCCAGAUGUUUCUCCCGCUGUUCUGAGCCAGAGAACCCAUGUUCCUUUCCCGCUUUGUUCUCAUCAUGUUCCUCCUCCUCUAACCUUAAAUGUAAUAAAACCCAGGAACCCCAGAGCACACAAAUAGAGCUGUACCUCAGCCCAGAGAUGCAAUAUCUCAAAGAAUCCAGGGGCCAGAGUUUUGAGUCUGUUGAGGCACAGAUGGAGGACCUGGCUGCCAAAAUAGUUAAACAAGUGCUUAACAAUGCCCUCAGAGUUAUGACUGAUGAGAGUCAGGGAAAAAUUUCUGACUGUUUCAACAAGUCAGCAGAGCAGACAAACUGCACUAGCAAGGAGGAGAAAUUGUGUGAAUGUGUUUGCCAACAUUCAGCUAAUGGAGGCAGAGAGCCACUGGAGGGGAUACAAGCGAAAGUUCCAGAAGACAAGACGGUGAAUACAGUGGAGGAGAAGACAGAAUGGGAUAAGAGGAAUAGGGAGGUGGGGAGUUGGGACAAAGACAGAGGAAAUGUCUGUGAUAUUGGUUGCCAUGUUAACUGUUGUCUGGACAACAGACCUGGCUUGGAUGAGUUCAGGGAGUUUUUGCGAGGAACGCCUGGAGAGAAACUGAUUCAUUUCUGGAUGGACAUAGAAAAACUGAAUUCUGUACAGCCAGAGCGGAAGAACAGACAUUUGGUCCUGAUGAGGGGCAGGUACCUGCUGAGCAGCAGUCACAGCAGUCUGAACACAGAGCUGCUCUCCACACUGGGACUGACCACCUCCACCUGCUGGACAGAAGAGAAACUGUGUUCAGUUCAGCCCUGCCUCAUUGAUGCUCUGCUCUACUACUGGGCUCCACGGUUCUGGAAGUCUCAGUUUGCUCAAGAGGACCAUGAUGACAGCUCCAAUAAGAGGCUGUGGACAGAGUGGGGGAGCAGGCCUCUGUCAGGCAGACAGCCUCACUGUGACUUGUUGACCCUGCCUCUCCUCGUCCCUGACAGCUCCUUGUCCCAACCCCCCAUCACUGUCUAUUCACAGUCAUAUUGUAGCAGAAGUCAAUUACUGGUAAGCAGAAGAAUGGAGACCAUGUUACAGGCUCUCUAUGUCGACUCACGCGCCGGCUUGUUCUUCACACACUUCUGUGUUCAAAGUGGAAACCAGCUGUGGGAGAAUGCAGUUUACUUCUGGACCGACCUACAGCACUACCAGGAACUGUUUUACCAGGAGGGUCUGGAUCCCUACAGAGUACAGAAGGAGGCACAGCUCCUAUACUCCACAUAUCUGUCCGCCUCUGCCAGGAGGAGCAUUGGCGUGGAUGAGGAGGUCAGAAGGAAGGUGUACGACCGACUAAUACCGGCUUUUGAGGAGCUGUUUGACGAGGUGGAGGAGAAUACACUGAACAUCCUGCUGCAGCCAUGGACACUGCUGCUCAGCAGGGACAAAGAGUCCUUCCAGAAGGUGCAUGUGCAGGAGGAGGUACACAGGGUUGACAGUGAGGAGUACAGGGAACUCCACAGUGUGUAUGAGGAGUCAGAGCGUCGACUGAAAGAGGUGCAGCAGUCCAGGUCCAUGCUCUCUCUCUCUCCUACUGUUUCUUCUACUUCCUUCCCAAAGGGCCCCAGAGCAUUGCACUCUUGGUCCAGAGUGUCUCCAAAAUACCAAGGUUACUGUCUGGGUUCCUUACUCCGUCAGAACCAUGAGAUUGGACACUUCCUGUCUUUCCUUCAAAAUCAGGAUGCCAGUAUUCAUCUGACAUGUUGGCUGGAUUUGGAGCAGUACAGGAGGACUCCUCAGAAAGACAACGCUGUCAAGCAAGGGAGGUCCUCUCACAUUGCAACCAAAUACCUCAGCAGGAAGUAUUUCUUUGGCCCUGAAAGCCCUGCUUCCACAGAACAACAGAAUGACAUAUUGUACCUGGCUGGUGGGCAGGAGCAUCUGAAGCUGGAGUGUCUCUCAAACCGGGUUGUUGCGGAGAUCCAGGGCAUCAUCAGGAAUCACAUAGAGAAAAAAUGGCUGCCUCAGUUUUUGUCCACCGCAGAGUUUACAGAGCGACAGAGACACAAACCACAGGCCAGCAGCUCAUGGAUGAGUUCCUCCAAAGAGAUUCUCCUGUUCCGACAGAUCUUACUCAACCCUGUCACUUGUACGCAGUUCCAGCACUUUGUCUCCCUGAAGGGAGACUUCCUGGAGAAUGACAUGCUCUUUUGGCUCGAGGUCCAGAGGUAUAAGGACCUUUGUCACUCUCACAGCGAUGAUGCCACCAUCCAGCAGAAGAUCUCCACCAUCAUCAACUGUUUCAUCAACUCGUCCAUACCCCCCACCUUGCAGAUAGAUAUCCCUCCUGAACAGGCCCAGCACAUUCUGGAGAAACGACGCGAGCUUGGUCCUUACAUCUUCAGAGAAGCACAGAUGUCAGUGUUCAGCGAAUUGCUGAAGUUUUGGCCCGAAUUUCAAGAGCUGUGCAGCAGUGUUGAAGAGGAGCAUCUUCUUCCUCUACUGCAGGACAAACAAGUCAAACACAGAGCCAGAGUGCGAAGACAGAGGAGGAAAGUGGAAGAGGAUGAAGAGGAGGAUGAGAGGAGGAGAGCUCAGGAAGAGUGGGCGACACAAGAAUCAAGUUUUGAAGAAGCAGAAGACAUGGACAGUGACCCAGCUGAUACAGAAGAACCAGAGAGAAGAAGCAGUAGAAGUGGAAGAAGGGAGUGGAGGACACAGAGCAGAGCGCUGUCGUCGGCCUCUCAGCCGCUGUCGUGGUCCUACUCCAAAUACAUGGCAGCUCUGAAGAGAGAGGAGGUGAUGCUGAGGAGGAAGAGUCAGCUGGAAGCCUCAUUUGCCACAGCCUCAGACUCCUCCUGCUGCAGCGUCAGGUCAGCAGACAGUCAGCUCAGCCACAGACGGUCACACCCCUCCUCCAGGGCAGAGAGUACAAAGUGUAAUAGAUAUAACAGUAAGUGA